AUGUGUCAAUACGAAUAUUAUCAGUGGCAAAAAUGUGGUCAUAAAUCUAUCGAAAUCACAGAAUACUGCAAUACCGUUUUCUGGAGAGCUGGUAUGACAGCUCGCCUUAAUCCAUGCCCCGAACAAAAUUUCAGGGCAUUCUUUGUGCGGGUUGGCAUCUUGGAUGGCUUGGAUUUUGGUACUUGUAAAUGGAUCGGACAAUCUGGAUAUUGCAAAAUGUGUGAAGAAGAAUAUCAUAUGCCAAAAACCGUUCCUUUCCGUACCUAUGAAGACUAUGAAUUCCUCGAAGGAAUUGGCGACCUCACCGGCCCAAUAUUUGCAGUCAAGUUAGCCGAACCGAUUACAUACCCUCCUCCACCUCACUCGAUCCAGUUCUCCUCUACUCCAAAUGAAUUUGUUACCAAAGACUUUCUUGACUUGGAAAUAGCCAAAACCUCCAAUUCCCCGCAUGAAGCAACACCGCCCAUUGGAGAAAACUUGUUAGAGCGUAGACUCAAAGCUUCAUUACACCAUCCAUACAUCUUUACACCGUAUAUCAACAACACCGUUGCAGACUUGAUCUCUGUCAAAGACCAGGACUUCGCAACUUUGAUCUCGAUUCAAGAUAAAGACAUUCCCGGGGAAGUUCCAGAGAGAGGUUCCAUGAAAGAAUUACGAGAGCUUUACUUUCCAGCAAAGAUGCAAAUGUAUGAACUGAAUCAAGGUGUGGAUGGGGUUACUCAACAAUGGAGCAGCCGAGGCUAUUAUGAAGGAAUAAUGGUAGAAGGUGUACCUAGCCAGUACUUUUGGAAUCACUGCGGAAUGACACCUCAAGAUGAGCAUGAGAAGUUCAAGGAGAGAGGCAUGGAUCUUGCAAUGUUCUAUCAAUACGGGCGAAAGAUGGAGCAGCACUUUGAAGCUCGUGGAGUACGGGUAGAAUCCAAGAUGGGAGAAAUUCAACGAGAACUUGGUGCAAGAUCUCAAGCAGCCGAUGGCAUGCAGCCAUUUGGCACGUAUCGACAGGAUCUGAACAACAAUUUACAGCCUGGCUAUGGGGUAUCCCAUGCUCAAAUCAAUCCUUUUGGACGAAGCUUAGAGGAUCUCAACCAACAAUAUCGGCAGCAGCAGAUGCAAGAACUUACGCAACCAAAUAUUAUGCAACAAGUGAUACAGCAACAAUUAGUCCAGCAACAGAUGGUCAAGCAGCAGAUUCUCCGACAAUACCAGGUGCAGCAACAACAGAUGUGGCAACAGCAGAUGAUGCAACAAAUGCAACAACUACAGGAACGAUCACAGCUGGCCACAGAUAUUGAAGAGGGUCUGAUUGUGGCCGUGGAAGGAAUCGAGUCGUAUGAGGCAUGA